CUCGCCCACCGGCACGGAUCCUUUUUGGAAAUUAAUAUUUAAAAAAAAGCCGAGGACGCAGAGGGGAAGGUGGGGGCAAGAGGGAAGGCGAGAUAUACAGAAAGGGAGACAGAGCCCCAGAGCGAGAGGAAGGCAGGCGGGCAGGCGACAGUCGCCAGCAGCCGAUGUGAAGACCGGACUGCGCGCGCCCUUCGCCGCCUCUGCCCGGCCUCAUCGAUGUUGUGUCCGCCGCCCGCUCGCCCGGAUCACGAUGAACGCGCAGCUGACCAUGGAGGCGAUCGGCGAGCUGCACGGGGUGAGCCAUGAGCCGGUGCCCGCUCCUGCCGACCUCCUGGGCGGCAGUCCCCACGCGCGAAGCUCCGUGGCGCACCGUGGCAGCCACCUGCCCCCCGCGCACCCGCGUUCCAUGGGCAUGGCGUCCUUGCUGGACGGCGGCGGCGGCGGCGGCGAUUACCACCACCACCACCGGGCCCCCGAGCACAGCCUGGCUGGCCCCCUGCACCCCACCAUGACCAUGGCCUGCGAGACUCCCCCAGGUAUGAGCAUGCCCACCACCUACACCACCUUAACCCCUCUGCAGCCGCUGCCGCCCAUCUCCACCGUCUCGGACAAGUUCCCUCACCAUCACCACCACCACCACCACCAUCACCAUCCGCACCACCACCAGCGCCUGGCGGGCAACGUGAGCGGUAGCUUCACGCUCAUGCGGGACGAGCGCGGGCUGGCCUCUAUGAAUAACCUCUAUACCCCCUACCACAAGGACGUGGCCGGCAUGGGCCAGAGCCUCUCGCCCCUCUCCAGCUCCGGUCUCAGCGGCAUCCACAACUCCCAGCAAGGGCUCCCUCACUAUGCCCACCCGGGCGCCGCCAUGCCCACUGACAAGAUGCUCACCCCGAACGGCUUUGAAGCCCACCACCCGGCCAUGCUCGGCCGUCACGGGGAGCAGCACCUCACGCCCACCUCGGCCGGCAUGGUGCCCAUAAACGGCCUUCCUCCGCACCACCCCCACGCCCACCUGAACGCCCAGGGCCACGGGCAGCUCCUGGGCACGGCCCGGGAGCCCAACCCUUCGGUGACCGGAGCACAGGUCAGCAAUGGAAGUAAUUCAGGGCAGAUGGAAGAGAUCAAUACCAAAGAGGUGGCGCAGCGUAUCACCACCGAGCUCAAGCGCUACAGCAUCCCACAGGCCAUCUUCGCGCAGAGGGUGCUCUGCCGCUCCCAAGGGACCCUCUCGGACCUGCUGCGCAACCCCAAACCCUGGAGCAAACUCAAGUCCGGCCGGGAGACCUUCCGGAGGAUGUGGAAGUGGCUGCAGGAGCCGGAGUUCCAGCGGAUGUCUGCGCUCCGCUUAGCAGCUUGCAAAAGGAAAGAACAAGAACAUGGGAAGGAUAGAGGCAACACACCCAAAAAGCCCAGGUUGGUCUUCACAGAUGUCCAGCGUCGAACUCUACAUGCAAUAUUCAAGGAAAAUAAGCGUCCAUCCAAAGAAUUGCAAAUCACUAUUUCCCAGCAGCUGGGGUUGGAGCUGAGCACCGUGAGCAAUUUCUUCAUGAAUGCAAGGAGGAGGAGUCUGGACAAGUGGCAGGACGAGGGCAGCUCCAAUUCAGGCAACUCAUCUUCUUCAUCAAGCACUUGUACCAAAGCAUGAAGGAAUAACCACGAACUAAACCUCGGUGGAAAAGCUUUAAAUUAAAAAAAAAAAAAUUUUUAAAAGACCAGGACCUCAAGAUAGCAGGUUUAUACUUAGAAAUAUUUGAAGAAGAAAAAAAAGUGUUAUUUAUAGUCCAAAGAAACCAAAGACUUAGCUCACCUGCAUUCUGACUUUGUUCGGAGACACACACUUCAGCGGGGCAACGACUUGGCAAGAAAAAAUAUGAGCAGGAAAGCACCACUGGAUCUCACACCUUCAAUCCAUGAUCAUUCUCGCUGUGCUUGGCUGUUUCGUGGUUUGGAGCAUAGUGAUUUUGAGCCAUUGAGUGGACAUCUUUUAAGAUCAGACUUUCUCAUCUGUUCCACCAUGCCAUGAAGGUGUAUGGUGUCUCAGUACUGUGUGUGGGUACGUGAGUGCAUACACACACACACACACACACACAUACACACACAUAUGCACACACCACCAGUGGUUAGGGACUUAGGCAGGGCUGGUCUUCAGGAAGGGUUGUGCUAUAGGAGUACAACCAACAUAGUGUGGGUUGUCUGAGUUCAUUGGAUAGGAGUGUGAUUUCACUCGUCUAGCCUAGCGUUUGAACCUGCCAGGCCCGCAACCUAAAUGCAGAUUCAAACCCAGCAAAGAAAAUUUGAAUGACACCUAAACCAGUGCAUUCUCUUUGUUUGUUAAGGAAUGUUCAGAUAUUUUUUAAGAAAUGAAACAAGAGUCCAUCCAUUUAAAAAAAAAUCACCUAGGUACCAAAGAACACAAUAUUAUAGUGCAGGUAUUUUAUUGCAAUGAUUUUAAUAACCAAAGCUAUUUUUACACAAGAUGCUAUGUAAAGUUAUACGUAUGAACUGAUCUAGCUGUAAUACACAUGCCACAUAGAAUCAUGACUAUUAUUUAUGACUCUGGAAGCAUUUGAAAUAUUAGUUUUCAGAACUGGCAAGAAAGAAUGUAGCUUCAGGGAAGCAAUUAAUAUCAUAACAGAGAGGUCAAUGUAGUGUACAUGUACGUCCAGAUGGCACAGUCCCUUUUGGGAUCCAUAAAUGAUACUUAAAUAGACACACAGACAUGAUGCCAUAGUCUAUUCAUAGCUGAGAAAACCUGGGGAUUCUUCCAAAGUAGGACCCCAUUUGUAAAUUAGAAAACUAAGUUUAACAGAACAAGUAAUUAAAUUAGAAAAUUUGUUCUAAGUAAUGCUAUUUUUUAGUAAAAGACCAUUAAAUAAAGGAUAUCAUAUUUAGGUUAAUUUGACUUAAAGUUGCUUUUUGCAUUUGACACCAAAUACCCUUUUAAAAUACUUUGUAAACACACAAAGUGAACAGACCAAAUUAUUAUAAAAAUAAACUGUCCAGUAUUUGUAGUUAAAUUGAUUUUAUUGCCAGUCUCGGAUAGUUUAUGACUUAGACAUCAAUAAAACUAGCAGAUGUAACUGAGAAAUGGUGUAACAGCAUAGAAAAAAAAAACAGAAUUCUAGUGGAAGACAAGACUUUGGGCUCUACAGGCUUGAAGCUAUUUAUUUCACUAAGCAUAGCCUCCAAAGUGUACUACAUUCUUUCUUGCUAUGGCAUUAAGCUGGAAGUUUUUUGACAUAAAGUCCACUCUCUAACAGGAACAGAUAAAACACUAGACCUGAGUUUCCAAAUACAAAAUUUUCAAUUUCUGUUUUUCCAAAUCACUUACCUACAGCUGGAGAAAUCAAGGGGGAAGAAAAAAGCUGACACAGUUGCAUUGGUAGUACCUAAGGGAAUCACUUGCUUCUCAGAAAAAUUCUCUCUGAAUUCAUUGAACUGUGACUCAUAGAAGUGGAUACCUUUUGUACUAUUAGGUAAAGAACUGGGUGCUCUUGGUUAAUUACCACACCUAAUUAGAAAUAUAAAAUGAAAUGUUGUCUCCACAAUAAGUUGUUGAUUGAGAUUCAUUAAAAUGCUAAAGAAAAAAAACUUGAACCACCUUGACACAAAAACCUAACUCCCUAAGGUCAAAUCAGGAGCAUCUAGGUCUAUAGAGGUCUAGAAGAGACAGGCACCUGGAGAGGAAGCUAAAGCAACAAGCCAUCGGGAUCUCCUUCAUGUCUGCUAUAGAAUAAGAAAAGCAAACCAACACAUACUUCUCCUUUAAUGAAAUAGCGCAUUUGCCUUGACACAUUUUGUUUUAGUAUUUUCUUUUAAUCUCACACCAAAUUCCAGCUUAAAAUUUUCCCUUCUAAACAUGGCACAAUUACAACUCAACUAUUAAAAGAGACCAUUUCAAUGGCUACCCUUAGAGAGAUGCUUAACAUAUGAUCUUGUCAAUGACACAAACCAAAAGGAAAAGACUAAUUAACUUUUUCUCUCUCUCCAGAAUGGAGGGGGCCAGGAGUACAGCUGUAUAGUUCUAAUUUAGGAGGGAGGAAAGCCUUAUUUAUUUAAAACAUGAGAGUUUUAAAUGCAGGGAAAUUCAAGCUGUGUCUACACACAAUCUUACCAAAUUCAGCACCCCAGGAAAAACAAAAGUUGAGUUCAAACACCAUGCUUUUUGUUUUGUUUUUGCUAUAUUACUCCGUCAGGUUAAUCCAAUUGCAUUUUACGUUUUCAACCAAUUAUUUUGGUACUGUGUAGACACAGUCUCAAAGAAUAUUACUAUAUCUCUAAUAUUCCCAUCAUAAUAGUUUUUUUGAAAAAUAAUCCAUGAUCCUACUUGCUAACACCAAAGAUAAUUUUCAUACCAGCAUUGAAUUUGCACCCAUCACAUAGUUUCAGGGCCUAGAGAUAUAUUUUCUCAUGAACAGAUGCACAAAUCAGAGCCUGAAAAGCAAUUUUUUUACUAGACUGUUCAAGCAUACUCACAACCUUUGCUGUUUAGAAAUAAUAAUAGACAAACUCAGCUUCUCACAAGCAAUACACUCUUACUUCAUGUAUGACUGAUUAUUGCUUCUAACUUGGCAUGUAGCAUAAAUUUAUGGCUCAGGUUUUUUAACCUACCACAUUCAGUGGAGCAGAUUACGUGCCAUUUGCUCACCCAUUAUUUCUCAAUCCUUUUGCAAAAUCCAUCCAAAAAAGGUAUCCCACACUUUUAUUGGUAUAUUUGUUUUUUCCCACACUGCACAUCACAUAACAUGUUUGGGGUUUUUUUUGGUAGAAUGGAAGUUAAACUGUUUUUGACCAGACAUCAUUCAGGUCCUCUCAUGACUGCAAGCUUCCCUCAAAGGAGGCAAAGACAGAGAGCGUGGGAGAUAUGACAUCUGGACUCUCCAAAAGCCCAGAUUUCAGUAAGUGUUCAGGUAGGUAAAUGAAUUCUGGAUGUCAGGAACUAAGUAUUUAGUCCUGGAUGCAGCUGGUAUAGAUCCCUAAACCCAAAGAGAAUGUGGAGAAAUUCAGGCAUUCAAACUGAACAGGUCACUCUUCAUUGAAAAAAAAAAAAAAAAGCAUAAUUACAUUUCCAGGACAAAAAA